GGCCAUAGCAACUCUGCCAGAGGCAUGUCAAGAGUCUAAUCACGGGCCCCUUGAUCCUGACUUCAGUCAGCUCCCUUGUCUAGGUCUGGUCUGUCGCUGCUAAGGGCCGAGGCCGAGCGCCUAACCUGUCUUCGGAAACCUCUGGACGGAAGGCCGGCCUUGGUUGCUCCGAGGAUGACCGACCCUGCUGGGGCCGAAUGCGCGGUAUUGCCGAGGCGCUCUUCCCUGGUCCUUUGCCUUGGUCCCGCCAAGUGGGCCUGCCAAGUGGGCCUUGGCGAAGUUGGGGUGGGCCGUCUUCCUGCUGGGCUGGAUACCCCCAUUCCCGGGAGUCCCCCACUGCCCGACUUGAGUACUGACGAGGGUUGGGGAGUGUUCCACCUGGCAAGAUUUACACGUGUCCCCUCGAUUCUGAAAAAUAUGAUUGCGCUGCUUGGGAGACGUAACGUCUCUGUACUGUUCCUUUGUCAGCCGUUCACGAUGGUUCGUGAUCGUACGCCUUUGCCGUUGAUUUCGUUCACUAUCUCCGUUCACUCGCCGUCGCCGUCGCCGCCCAACCUGAAGGUUAGUUCACUCUUCUCCGUUCUCAUGACGUCUUCUGCUUCCAACCCUUCCACCCCCGCUGUCGACCCAGCGGCGGUUUGUUUUGCGGAAAUGUACCGUCAAGAUCCCUCCCUCCGCCCCGACGGUUUGAUGGGAGGAAUUGACCAUUCUAGGGUUCUGAGUGCGGUGCCUCUCCGUACGUCCAUCACCGUGGCGUCGUCGUCUCGGGCGCCGCCCUUGAAGAAGAAGAAGAAGAAAUCGAAAGUUGUCCAGGGUAAGAACCCGAAAUCCUUACCCGUCACCGUGCUAGAAACGGGUCUGAUUACAAAUACGGGUUGUCUUCUGUUGGAUGUUGACUUUGACGAGGCUCUUCGCUUCGUGGGAGACGGUUAUGUGGUGCGCCGACCGCACACAACCAACCAUGUCUUCUCGGUGACCUGUCCCGACGCCGAGGUCGGGGUGCACGUGGCGUCCAUGCGCUACAGCCUUCGCUUCCCUCCUCACGAUCUGAUAGUCCAAUUCUUGAAUUUCUACCGUCUUCUGCCGGGUCAGCUCAGUCCCCACUCCUACUAUUGUUUUUCAAUCUUCCUGGUUAAGUGUCACCAGAGGGGAGUCCCCUGGUCUCUGGAUUUGUUCCGUUACAUGUUCAAGGCCAAGUUUGUCUUCAUUUCUGGCUUUCCCGGGGACCGGCACCCUUUCCAAGCCAGGUUUCCCGACUGUCACACGUUUGUCCGUCAUCCUCGGCCUGAGGCCACUCCCGAGCUUCUGACACACGCGCAAAAACUGUUGGAAGACUGCCGGCCUAAACCACCCCACGUGUACACGGUGUGUACGGAGCAGAACUUAGCGGAGGUGGGGAUCCUUAUCUCCCUCGAUCGUCAGUUCGAGCUAUCCGAGGCCGUACUAGGGAGUCGUCCGAAGCAUGGGCUUGAGGAGAGCGCCCCGAGGUUAGAAGAUCUAGAGUCGGAGGACAACGAAGAGGAAGAUGACGGGGGGGCCGAAACCGACGAAGAAUCAGGGAAGCCAUCCUACUCCGAGGGGGUUGCUGGUAUGGAACCUUCUGGAGGAGAUAUGAAUCCGGUGGACGUUAUUCGCAAGGCCAAGCUGCUGGCUCGCAACCGAGGCCGAGGAGCAGAGGUUCAACAAGGACCUUCACUCGCGGACACAAUUGGAUUUGUUGCCUCGGCCCCGAAUCGGGAAGUGAUUCCGACCCGGAGCCAGAGAAAAAGGAAGCUCAUCCAGGUCGAGGACGAGGAGGCCGUGUCCGAGCAAGAUGUGGUUCUUGCCCAGAGUCCGAUGAGCAAGCGCCUAGCCGGUCCUCAAGGUGGAAAAUGCCCCACUUCCCUCGACAAGGCCGACGGGAAUGUGCAGGCCGAGGCCGAGGCUGCUUCUCUCUCCGCGCCGCUCAAAGAUGAGGACGAGAUUCUUUUGUCCUUGCAAGGGCUUAUGGACAGCUUCCACCAAAAGGUGUCGGCGAAGCUGAGCUUGAUCAGCGAGCGCCGAGCCGGGGCCGAGUUCUCCUCUUCCGUGAACUUCUUGGCCUCGGUGGAAACGGAGCUGUCUCGCCUAAGGAAGCUGGCGGAAACCGAGCAUGAACAGGCCGUCGAGCUCGAAAUGCAGGCCGUGGCGAAGUCCGAGGAGGUGGUUCGGCUGCAGGGCCUUCUGAAGGAGGCGGAGGAAUCAGCCUCCCAACUGACGGUUUCAAUGGCCGAGCUCGAGGGGCGGCUGCGCCAAUCUGAGGUCCGAAUAUCAGAGCUGGAUGUUGAACUGGCCGAGGCUGUCUCCUCGCGGCAAUCUUUAGAGGCUGAACGAGAUCGGUCCCUGGCUGAGAGGGAUCAAGCUGUUGCUGAGAAAGAGCGCGCCAUCUCCGACUUCAUCCAGUCCCCGUCCUUCAAAGAAGCCUGUCUGGAGAAAAUGGUUGCUUAUUACGAAGACUGGCUCGGGACCGAGGCCGGUACUGAAAAGAUGGGGGUGGAAGGGACGAAGUGGUUCGAGAGCAGCGUCUAUCACGGGAUUCAGCUCGUCCUUCGACGGACCCGAAGAGUAGAUCCGUCCUUCCCUCCGCCCGGGGUCGACAUUCCAGAGAUGCAUGAUCCCAACCUGAACGCUGAGCUCGGGGAGAACCAAGACUACCUUGGGACGCCCGAGCGCGAGGACACGGGUGCAGAUGAUGCCAGCGACGAACAACCCUCAAAUGCCCUUCCUUAACGUUUUCCUUGUAAUGCUUGCAAUUUUAUUCUUCACUGUAAUGUUGAUUUUGUUACUGUUUUGCUACAUGCGUGAAUAGUUGAGUAGAUUUCUGACAUUCUUUAUUUGAAUAAAUUUGAAUGGCGCCU